AUGGCGGCAGCCGAAAACGAUGUGGAACUGAAGCGAAAAGCCGAUCAAAUUCAGGAUGAAGACGGAGAAAAUGACGAAUGGGUCGGGCCCAUGCCGAGUGAGGCUGCGACGACCAAGAAAAGGAAAGUUCUAGAAUUUGAACGCGUCUACCUGGACAACCUCCCUUCAGCUGCCAUGUAUGAAAGGAGCUACAUGCACAGAGACGUGAUCACACACAUUGCUUGUUCCAAGACAGAUUUUAUUAUCACCGCUAGUCAAGACGGUCAUGUCAAGUUCUGGAAGAAAAAAGAGGACGAGGGAAUAGAGUUUGUCAAACACUUUCGGAGUCAUCUUGGUGUCAUCGAGAGCAUCGCGAUCAGCGUCGACGGCGCCCUCUUGUGUUCCGUCGGCGACGAUCAGGCUAUGAAAGUGUUUGACGUUGUCAAUUUUGACAUGAUCAAUAUGCUCAAGCUGGGCUUCCACCCAGGUCAGAGCGAGUGGAUCUACAAUCCCGGAGAUGCCAUUUCCACGGUGGCCUGCUCGGAAAAAUCCACAGGAAAGAUCUUUGUCUACGACGGGCGGGGAAGCGGCCAGACGCUGCACGUCUUCGACAAGAUGCACUCCUCGCCACUGUCGCAGAUCCGCCUGAAUGCCAAAUUUCGAGUGGUGGUCUCCGCCGACAAAGCGGGAAUGCUGGAAUACUGGACCGGCCUCCCCUCGGAAUUCAAGUUCCCCAAACACGUGCAGUGGCAAUACAAGACAGAUACGGAUUUAUACGAGUUCGCCAAACAUAAAACGUAUCCCACCAGCCUGGUGUUCUCACCCGACGGAAAGAAAAUGGCCACCAUGGCGUCCGACCGGAAAGUCCGACUCUUCCGGUUUCUCACGGGGAAACUGAUGAGAGUGUUUGACGAAUCUUUAACGAUGUUCACAGAGCUGCAGCAGAUGAGACAGCAGCUGCCCGACAUGGAGUUCGGCCGGCGGAUGGCAGUGGAGCGAGAGCUUGAAAAGGUGGACGGCAUCCGUCUCACCAACAUCAUUUUCGACGAGACGGGGCAUUUCGUGUUGUACGGGACCAUGCUUGGCAUCAAAGUCAUCAACGUGGAAACUAACAGAUGCGUGCGCAUACUCGGUAAACUGGAGAACAUCCGUGUGGUCCAGUUGUGUCUAUUCCAGGGCGUCGCCAAGGCCAUGCAAGUGGCGCCCACUGUGGAGAUGAAAGCCUCAGACAAUCCCGCCUUGCAGAAUGUGGAGCCCGACCCCACCGUGUUCUGCACUGCCUUCAAGAAGAACCGAUUCUACAUGUUCUCCAAGAGGGAACCUGAAGACACCAAGAGCGCCGACUCAGACAGAGACAUUUUCAAUGAAAAGCCCUCCAAGGAGGAGGUGAUGGCCGCCACGCAGGCCGAAGGCCCCAAAAGAGUAUCGGACAGCGCCAUCAUCCACACCACCAUGGGCGACAUCCACAUAAAGCUCUUCCCCGUCGAGUGCCCCAAAACUGUGGAGAACUUCUGCGUACACAGUAGGAACAGCUACUACAACGGACAUAUCUUCCACAGAGUCAUCAAGGGUUUCAUGAUCCAGACCGGAGACCCCACAGGUACCGGCAUGGGCGGCGAGAGCAUUUGGGGCAGCGAGUUUGAGGACGAGUUCCACGCCACUCUGAGACAUGAUCGGCCCUACACGCUCAGCAUGGCCAACGCGGGCCCCGCCUCCAACGGCUCACAGUUCUUCAUCACAGUGGUUCCGACGCCUUGGCUGGACAAUAAGCACACGGUGUUCGGAAGGUGUACCAAAGGCAUGGAGGCUGUGCAGAGGAUCUCCAACGCUAAAGUUCACCCCAAAACGGACAAACCAUAUGAGGACAUCAGCAUCAUCAACAUCACGGUCAAAUGA